UGUUCAACAAGUGUCGCUAACGGUAACAUCUUGAAAACGUUCACAUAACGGUAACAAGGAUUUAAUAUAACGGUGAAUAAAUUAAAAAAAAAGAAUUUUACCGUAAACUAUUUAACGGUUUAAAACAAAAAAUUAAUAAUUAAUACGGAAUUUUUUUGAAGUGUAAAAAAUUUAAUUAACAUUUUGCUGAAUUAAAGUGAAUAGAAUUAAAAUCAAAACAAUUGUGUGAAGAAAUUAUUUUUUAUAAUUGAAAACAGCUCUUUACUAUAAAAACAAAAUAACAAAAUUGUAAAAAAAAAUGCAGUACAAUACGUUGGCGUUUUGGCUUUCCCUGUUUGUAACAGCGAUUUUGGUGUGUCCCAGUACAGCUUUUAUUGCAAACGCACCAUCAGUUUCAUCAUCAGCACGUAGUUCAGCGAAGGGCAGUGGUAAUGCUUUAAAGGAUGCCACAGACAUCUAUUCGCUGGCCAGUGCACAAUUGCUGAUGGAUCAGGUUCCCAGUGGUAAAGUUUCAUUUAAACCUCAUGAUUUGGAAGAUGUUAAUGUUAGGCCUGUUUAUGAUCCAGGUGAUGAACUACUACGUGCUUUGAAUGCCGAUAUUGCUGCUACUGGUCAAGAGUUAGGCACAUUACCCAUGGAACCGGACUAUGCUGAUACCGUAUACAAUGAAUUGGAAUUAGCCAGCAAGUAUGACAUGUUGCGUAAACUACAAAGAGACAUACAGGAAGAACAGGAUCUUGUUAGUAAAUCAGCUGUGUUAAUGAAAAUGCUAGAGGAUCCUACAAUCGAUACACUACCCAUUGUCUAUGUUGAAGAAGAUUUACCCGUUGAGGAAUCAAAUAACAACAAUAAUAAUCUUGAUUUCAAUGACAACUCAAAUGGUAUGGCUAAACGUUCGCGUUAUUACAGACGUUAUCCAUGGAAACGUCACAACAGAAAUCGCAGUACCUAUGAUCCAGAACUACGUUACGCUUGUACUCCCACCAAAGAAGAUGUUUUCAAACUGUUGGUAAAUUUACAUGAAAAUCGUAACGGUAAAAAUGGUAAAACUGUAAGUUUUUGCAAUCGCAAACGUCCCGCUAAAGCUAUCUUUACAAAUAUACGCUUCCUGGGUUAAAUAACUCAAAAAAUAUUUAAAGCCAAAUUCAGAAGAAGAGGCGUUUUGUUAAAUUGGAGAGUGAAAUACGUUUAAAAAUAAAGUAUACGCAAAAAUUCAAAAAAUUUUCCAAAAAAGAAACAGCCAAACUAAAGAAAAAAAUUAUAAAAAUUGUGUAAAUGAAAACAAAAUGGAGAAACAAUAGCACUUAUUUAAACUUUAAAAUGCCCUUCGAGCAGCUUAAAUUAGUAUUAACUUAACUGACUUAAUUACUAAAUCCCAAGAAAAUUAUAUAUAUAAAUUAUACACAUGUACACACAAACACACAUUUGUAUUAUUAACAAACAAUAUUUAAAACAUAUGCACUUUUUAUGAAAAAAAAACAAAAUUAAAAACCA